AUGAAGCUAUUCUUUUUCUUGAGAAUAUAUGAUGGCUUCAGUUUCUUGGUACAAAUGAUGGCUGGUGUCUUCAAAGACCUCAAAUACUUCUUAUUAUUCUUUAUCAUUUUCAUCUUGCAGUUUGGAAUGAUCUUCUUAGUCCUUUUCAAGGCUUAGUAAAUUGAUGAAUACAAUGGUGUAAAUAAGUUGGCAUACUUCUUGAUGGCUUUUAGAAUUUCAUCUGGUGACUUCCAGCUUGAUGAUUACCAUAGUCAAACUGAUGGAUUAGUAAUAUUUACCUGGAUCAUUUGGUUAAUAGCUGUUUUGACUUUGAAUAUCGUAUUCAUGAAUUUCAUAAUUGCUGUUAUUUCAGAAUCAUAUGAAAGAGUUAUGCAGAAAUUAGUUGCUGAAUCAUUCAGAGUUAAAGCUAAUAUGAUUGUUGAAAGAGAACAGUUUUUCACUGAAAAUGAUUUGAAAAGUACAAAAUAUUUCCCAAGCUAUAUUGUUGUCAGGAGACCAUUAAAUGCAGUGAGUAAGGAAGAUGGGGAGUGGUAAGGAUUUGUCAGAGAUCUGAAGUAGACAAUAAGGACAACAGCUUUUAAAUCUAAAGCAGAUAUUAUUCAAAAUUCAAACUUGAAAAAUUAAGAGUUAGAUAAAGUCUGGGAUGAAAAAAUUAAUAUUUUGAAUAAGAAGCAUGAUGAAAGUAGCAAGACUUGA